AUGCUCACCAUCAAACAGCCUUCAGCUCCGUACGGCUACAAGUCCGUUCAUGAUCUGCCGACGCCUCCUGCCACGUCGCGGCCCUCUCCCCCCUUGAGCCACCAGGAGGCCGCCUACAAGCCGAGCACGACCGUUUCCCGCAGCCACAGCCCGGUAAACCAGCUCAUGUCGGCACCUCACCGUGGCCUGCCCCCUCCGGCGGCCAUGGCACUUCCUCCUCAGCAACCUCCUCCAGCCGCCAAUGUCCCUCCCCAGCCGCCGCACCACAGCCAGCCCCAUGGUUCGUUAGCCCACGGCCCUCCGCCGGGACAGGCAUGGACGACGCUUCCGCCCCCUCCACAGCAAUGGCAAGGAGCAGAAGAGUCGAUGAGGAACUGGCUUUUGGCCAGAGCGGAGGAGGAGAAGACGAAGCAAGAGGAGGAGAAGACGAGGCAGGAGAGCCUACGUUUGGAGCAGCGGCGGGUCGAGAUGGACAUGCUACGAGCUUCGCUCGGUGGAGGCAUCCCACCACCGAUGGUCCCUUUGGUAUUUGCGGGCAUGGGAGCCGGCGGCACAUUGCCCCAGGCGGCGUUGGAAUGGGCACAACAGUUCAUGCAGCCAUCUCAGAGCCAAUACCCCCAACUGCCGCCGCCCCAGCGCCAGCACUCGCCGGAUCACCAUCAACGCGAAGCUCCGCCGCCCGCACCAGGGCAGUAUCCGGCGCCGCCAUCCGUGGCUCCACCACAGGCGCACGCACCUGUGGCAUACGGGCAAUUCCCAGGGUCGCCAACCAGGCCGAGGGGCCAGACCGUGAGCGGCGUCGUUGGUCGACCAGCGGCGCCCUUGGCCAGCGCAGGCGGAAGCCAACAACAACCUGCGCAAGCGAGCACAGCACCGAUACCGCCAUACCAGACACAGGGGCAGGCGACGCAGCAAGACACGAGCCCGUCCAUCUACUUCCACCACUGGCAGCCACCGACCUCGCAGGCGGGGAGCAGCAGCUCGAACAGACCGGGAACUCCGUCUGGUUCGUCCAAGACCAAGAGAAAGCGAGACUCGCUGUAG